GAGAGCAAAGAACAGGCAGACGAGUAAGAGAGCACGCGCGCAAGCAAGAGGGCUUAUCUCGUUCCUGGAGGAAGAGCGACAUAGGCAGAGGGAGGCUGGGGUUGGCCGUGACCUGAACUGAGGUCUCCUAGUCCCCCAAGGAGCCUUCUUCAUGGACCCAGGGAUCCCAAGAGGGGCUGCCUCAACUUAGGAUGGGCAACUGUGUCAAGUCGCCACUGAGACAUCUCUCAAGGAAGAUGCACCAAGAGGAGAAGAGCAGCUACAUGGUGGUGCAGACCAGUGAGGAGGGGCUGGCGGCCAGCGGCGAGCUCCCUGGACCACUCCUGAUGCUGGCCCAGAACUGCGCCGUCAUGCACAACCUGCUCGGCCCUGCCUGCAUCUUUCUGCGCAAGGGCUUCGCUGAAAACAGGCAGCCUGAUAGAUCACUGCGGCCAGAAGAGAUCGAAGAGCUCCGAGAGGCCUUCAGAGAAUUUGACAAGGACAAGGAUGGCUAUAUCAACUGCCGGGACCUGGGCAACUGCAUGCGCACCAUGGGUUACAUGCCCACUGAGAUGGAGCUCAUCGAGCUGUCCCAGCAGAUCAACAUGAACCUGGGUGGCCAUGUGGAUUUUGAUGACUUCGUGGAGCUAAUGGGGCCGAAACUCCUGGCAGAGACAGCAGAUAUGAUUGGCGUAAAGGAACUGCGAGAUGCCUUUCGAGAGUUUGACACCAAUGGUGAUGGGGAGAUAAGCACCAGUGAGCUGCGAGAGGCCAUGAGGAAGCUCCUGGGCCAUCAGGUGGGCCACCGGGACAUAGAGGAAAUUAUCCGAGACGUGGACCUCAAUGGGGAUGGACGAGUGGACUUUGAAGAGUUUGUCCGGAUGAUGUCCCGUUGAGGCCUCGAGGGCCCCACCAGGACUGCCAAGACCCCCAGGUGGGGAGAGGAGAAGAAGAGCCGGAGCUGGCCUCGCCCGCCACCACCGCAGCUGGCCUGGGCCCAGGAUGUCCUGGCGGAUGGGGCCUGCCUGCACCCGGGGGAGGUGCCCACCCCGGACCCCCACCCCUCCGCACUGUGAAAGACUCACAACUCCUGCAACUGGAAAAGGGGGCGCCCACCAACGAGGAGGCCACCGUGCCAAGCCGGCAGAGGUCGUGCCAGGCGCCAAGUGCCAUGUCCCCAGCCACCGCUGGCUGGGUGGGCCAGGGAGCCAGCCAGCAGACCCCACACAGCAUGUCUGCCCUGGGGCAGAGCCUCUUGCUGCCCUCCUUAGCUCUAUGCCCGCCCCAGCUCGCCUCAGCCCUGUGAUCUCAGAACCAAUAAAAAUAUUUCCAAGAG